GUAAUUCACGUACACGUAUAUUUUCUUUUUCUUGCGUACAACAAACAAACAAAAAUGCUUUUCUCCAUCACGCCUCUAAAGCUGUCUGCAUUCUUCAUUUUGCUCCCAUUGUCAUCCGACUUGGUUUUGGCAAAUGUUGGUAGUCAGGCAUUCCUUGCUGCGGCUAAGCUUCAUCCGGGUUUGGCAUAUCUCAUGAAUUCUGCUCUUUCCAACGGAACGGGGGAACUGUCGAAUUUCUCAAUGACAGCAACUCCGAAGAUCAACAACGGUGGUCCAACAACGGCGACAGACCCAAUGGAAACUUGUGCUGAUGAUGGUAGUCUCUUCGAUAGUUCGUUGGGUGGAGCUGUGGUUGCUCUUCUAAUAAUUCUGUUCUGGCAUGUUGUUCGCAUUUGUUGUUGUAUGAGUAAAUCGAAUCCACCACCUCCUCCUCCUAGCCGUGCUCCAAUUCCAAACGUUACUGCAACUAAAAGCGGAACUAGUUUGGGCUCGGGAAAUGUAUCAGUGAGGAGCCAAUCUGUGAAUAUCAAAUCAACUCGUUCGGUUCGCAGUUUGGGCGCAUAGAAGUGAAACACAACUCUAAUGGAAGGAUAGGAAUCAUAAAUAGGAAAGAUGUGAUGAACACAAAAGUAGUGAUAAAUAUAUAUAAAAAUAUAGUAAUGUUAUAAUAUUGUUGUUGUGUUCAUAUAUUGCAGUUAUAAAUCUCUUGUUUGUCUUUUUACUGAAUGUUUUUAUUGGUAGUUUUCUUGCUGAGGUAGGAGUAAAUUCCAAAAUUUCUUUUAAAUAUCG